AUGCUCUGUGAUGAUCAGUCCGAGACAACUAAUCGCCCCCAUGCACUCCUAUCUGGUGCUCCAACUCCAGCUCCAGCUCCUGCAGCUCCAGCUCCCGCUCCUCAGCGGCUGCGGCUCCUGCCCCCUGCUCCGCCCGUCAACCAAGUCCCCUCUGGCGAUGCCUCUGCUUUGACCGCUGCAACUUCUGCUACCAACCUUCCUCAGAUUCGUCAGCAGGUCUCUGCCAUUGUCAACUCAUUGAUCAAGUGA